UAACUAUUACCGGAGAUUUGUGGAGGAGUAUGCAGAAAAGUCCAAAAACCUGACUAAUCUUCUUCGAAAAGAUGAAAAAUUUCACUGGAACGAAGAACAUAAAAAGGAUUUCAAGGCCUUGAAGGAAGCCAUUACCGAGGAUUCGCUUUUAUUUCACCCGGACAUGGAAGAGCCUUUCAUCGUCCAUGUCUCCGCGACCUCCAAAGGAAUCGGUGCAAUUUUGAGCCGAAAGGAUGAGGAAGGAGAUGAUCACCCCAUCCUCUACGCAUCCAGAACCCUCCGAGAUCCAGAGACCCGGUACACACCUGCUGAAAUGGACUGUGUGGCUGUGGUGUAUGCGCUGAGCCAGUUCAGACCAUACAUUUACGGAGUACCAUUCACCAUAGUGACAAACAGCUCUGCCCUAAAUUGGCUGAUGGAUUCCACCAACCCAACAACCCGUCAAGUAAAUUGGAAAACUUUCCUGAAUGACUACUCGUUCGAAGUCGAGAUAAAAAAACAGAAAGGUGCCCAAUUGGCCGACGCGUUUGCUGAAAAUCCAUUGGAGGAAAGAAACCCUCAGCCAGUACUCCUCGUUGUGUGUCUACCCAUAACCCCGAGGAAUACACUAAAACCAAGUUCGGAGCCUCCUCGUACAGUCACCAAUCCGAAUCUCCGAAUCAGGAUCAACAGUGAACCCGAGAUUGUUGGCACCAAAAACUCCAUUGCUGACCGAGUGAGGAUGAGAAAAGCUACCCUAACAUCAGAUACAGCUAGAAAGCCGAUCUCCGAUCGAGACAAAAGGGAAUACCUCCCCAGUUCUAACCGCAAGCCAUCACACCCCAUGGAAUCACCAUCGACCACGGAGGUUACGGCAACGCCUACUACCAAACCUCCACCAACUGUUGAAGACCACGCGGAAGACACCCCAACUCCCACGGUUAAUACUCAACCCAGCGUUGAGCCUGCCCAGAGGAUUACAACGACUUCAACUUCAACGCCUCAAGUCAUUAUUGAAGCUCCUGAAGAGGUCGUCAUUCCCAGCAACGAUGUGGAAACCCUUGAAAUUUCGGUACCACCAAUCCCAACCGUCACAUCAGAAGAUGCCAACUUAGAAACGUCCGUGGAGGGCGAGCCAACUGAAGAACUUGAAGAUGAAGUUUUUACUCCAGAUCAGACACCACUGACUAANACGGAGGUUACGGCAACGCCUACUACCAAACCUCCACCAACUGUUGAAGAUCACGCGGAAGACACCCCAACUCCCACG